UCGGUGCAUCCGGAGCUGCAGUGGGGCAGAGAGAGGGAGCGAACUGCGGCAGCCGCGGCGCGCACAGAGGUUGCCUGCGCGGCCCACGGGGGAGAGGGUUCCACCUUGGGGUGCUCGGAGUCAUGGCUUCUCCUUCCAAAGCGAAGGAGGUUUUCUCCUCGGACGAAGAGGGUCCCGCGGCUCCGCCGGCGGUGGUCGCGGACUUGGGAUCGGAGGACCGCAGGGUCAAAGUAUCUAGUCUGCCCUUCAGUGUGGAGGCGCUCAUGUCCGACAAAAAACCUCUCAAAGAACUGUCUUCCCUACCAGGGGGAGGCGGAGGCAUCGGCGGCGGUGGGAGCAGCGAAGGCACCUCCAGGACCAUGCUGCUUCAGGGGCACGGCGCCAGGGAAGCUCACAGCCCCGGGCUGCUUACGAAAACCUUUGAGACGUCCUCGGUCAAGUCGGAGAACUCGGAGGACGGGACGUCCUGGAUUCAGGAGGCUGGCAGAUACUCCCCACCACCAAGACACUUGAGUCCUACGACCUGUACCCUUCGGAAGCACAAGACAAAUCGGAAGCCCAGGACUCCCUUUACCACUUCCCAACUUCUGGCCCUAGAACGAAAAUUCCGCCAGAAACAGUACCUCUCCAUCGCUGAACGGGCUGAGUUUUCCAGCUCCCUGAACCUCACAGAGACACAGGUCAAAAUCUGGUUCCAGAACCGCAGGGCCAAGGCCAAGAGACUGCAGGAAGCAGAACUGGAAAAGCUGAAAAUGGCAGCCAAACCCAUGUUACCCUCCGGCUUCAGCCUCCCUUUCCCCAUCAACUCUCCCCUCCAGGCGGCUUCCAUAUAUGGAACAUCCUAUCCUUUUCACAGACCUGUGCUCCCCAUCCCACCUGUGGGACUCUAUGCUACUCCUGUUGGAUAUAGCAUGUAUCAUUUAUCUUAAAGAACAUCUCCCAGCAAAGGAAUAGUUAAAUAGACUUCAUGAUGGAUGUGUUUGUUUUAUUUUUUUGGUUUUCUUUCCUCAUCCACGAGUACAGUACCAAACCAGUCCUGGAUCACUUUUUCCUUUUGCUGCAUAUUUUAAGAGCACCAUGCCAACCACUUAGGUGUUCACAGGACAGAGCAGAUCUCUUCUUGCUCUUUAGUCUGGGACACCAAACUAUUUUACAUCAGCAUCAUCUGAUGACAUCCCUUUCUUUUUCACAAAGACUGAUC